AUGUCCACCGACUGCCAGACGAGCAAUGCGACGAACAUCCCGUCAAACUGCAGGAGGGUCGCCAUCCACGACGCCGACCACAUGCCCCAAGAUUACUCCACUACUCCCGGGGGCACCCCUUUCAGCACCACCCCUGGUGGAACCAGGAUUAUCUAUGAUCGAAAGUUCCUGCUGGGGCGUCGCAGUUCUCCUCUGGCCAAGACCCCUCCGCAAGGUCUUCCAGACAUUCCUGGUGUGACGAGUCCUCCCUCCGCAGGAACCAACGACAAGAAGGCCAGCGAUGGAGAACUACUGAACAGAAGCGGUGUGUCACCUAGCAACACCACAGGUGAUGAUGCACAGUUUGAAAUGGACAUCUGA